UGAGGAUUGGUUGACUAGGGAACCAUCAGUCAACAAGGGGCGGGGCACCUGUCAUCCACGGUUCUCACAACAGUUACUUACAUCAGUCCUGUUUGUAGUACACACGCACGAGAUUAACCACUGGUAUAUUUUAAUGAUGCCAACAUGGUGUGUCGACAUCCUGUGCCAUUCUUAGAAACACGAAUUCCUCACCAAAGUAUGAAAGUGUCGUGGAUUUGAUUUUGUAAUUGAAGCACACCAACUAAGCAAAGAAAAGUUCACACCUUCCUCUUACGAUGCGGUGGAAUAUCACCUGUACAGGUACAUGUAGCUGCGGUCGGCUUGGAUUUCUGGCUUUUCUCCAUGUGUGGCAAGAUGAGCGGAAUCCCAUGAUUGUGCCGUUGCCAACUUUGGGCAAAAUUCAACCAGCAGCCGUGGCGUCUGGCAUGGGCAUUUGCCCUUGGAUCUAAUUGGAUCAUAAUAGUGGCAUGACUACACUGUGUGAAAUAAUCAGGAAUGAUUGCCGGACAAUUAUCAGAAAACACCUGUUUGUAAGACCGGAGAGUACAUGUAUUUGUGUUUGGUGAAUAUACUUUCAUUUGAAUGUUAAUGAAACUAUCCUUUCAAUGGAAUGACCUGUAAAACCAACAUUUAUUAAGUUAACAAUACUUGUACAUGUGAUUACAUCUGGCAAGUAUUUUUGGUAUGCCAUUGGAGUAAACAACUUGUUUACCACAAGUGCCUAAAGAGGAUUUUAACCAUGCCUGAGCCAAGCGCAACUGGUCCCAAAACGAACCCCAGCCUCCAGAAUGGAGUGCUGCCCCCCAAAGCACAGAGACAGCUCCACGGCGGGUCCGACAGGAGGAAGAAACACAAACACAGACAAGGGUCAACAGAAGGUGACGCGCAGGAUGAGGGAGGGGUUCAGGAACAGUCGCAGGAACUGACACCCAUUGAUUUACAGACAAUUGAGUCUCUGGAGAGCACGCGGCGCAUGCUGCAAUUAACAGAAGAGAGUAAGGAAGCGGGGAUCCGGACUCUUGUUAUGUUGGAUGAACAAGGAGAGCAACUUGAUCGGAUUGAGGAAGGCAUGGAUCAGAUCAACUCAGACAUGCGUGAAGCCGAGAAGAAUCUCACUGGUCUGGAGAAAUGCUGCGGCCUGUGCGUCUGCCCCUGGAAGAAGUUCAUGAACUUUGAGACAGGAGACGACUACAAGAAGACAUGGAAGUCAUCUGAAGAUGGCAAGGUGAACUCCAACCAGCCAAUGCGCAUGGAGGAUAACCGUGAUGGCAGUGCUAUGCCCUCGUCUUACAUCACAAGGAUAACGAAUGAUGCCCGUGAGGAUGAAAUGGAUGAGAACCUUCAACAGGUGAGCGGCAUCGUGGGAAACCUGCGCCACAUGGCCAUUGACAUGCAGAGCGAGAUUGAAUCUCAGAACCGCCAGGUGGACCGCAUCAUUGACAAGGGCACAUCCAAUGUUGAUCGUCUUUCUGCUGCUAAUGAGCGUGCCAGUAAGCUGCUCAAGUGAACGAGCCCUCACUCAAGCCUCAUCUCAAACAAAGAAAAAGCGCAACGCUGUUGGGCUUUUUUCCCUCCAUCACCAGCACAUGCUUUCAUCAAUGCAUGGAAUCAUCUUCAUCUGCCAGGUUUUUUUUUCUUGCUGCUCUUUAAAAAUGUUAAUAUCUUUCCUCUCAUUCUUAACAGUGUGAAUAGAAGUUAAUGAUAACCAAUUUUAAGACACUGGUAUACAAUGUACAAUUCAUUAGUACUGUAUGUACAUGUAAGUGAUUAGUCAUUAGGAUCAAUUUUGGGUGCAAAGAUGGGCCAGCUGCAGUGUUGUCCCCGUUUUUGGUAUAAUUUCGGCCACCAUAGCUACCCCCAAAGACCAGUGCAUUCACUACCAUGGCUGUUACCUGGUCGUUGUGGCCCUAGUUGUGCAGCCUAUUCAGUAACAUUUAAGGUUGACCACAUUUUACUCCUGCAUGCAGUGCUUAUUCUGCAGCAUGUGGCCGCUUUUUGCAUUCGGAAUCUCAAUAGUGAAAGAACAAAGAAAGUGCAAAGCGGCUGCUGCCGUUCUGGACCUCUUGGCCAUUUCAGUGGUAUCUGUUGUUACAUGGUAUCAAAGACGUUCAAGAAGGAUGUUCAUGGUUGCUCCAUGUUGGAAAGGGAAGUCAAGUUUUCACAUGCAAUCCAUCUACAGGUAUCCUUGUUUGUAGAAAAGAUAAUGUAAGGAUUUCUGCAAUUUUUCAAGCUCUUUUGUUUUUAAUUGCAAAACAUUUCAUUUACCUCGUUCUUGCCAAAGGCAAUCGGGUAAUUAACUAUCAUCAAUCAGUAUCUAAAUACAUACACCUGAUUCAAAUGACAUCGAAUAAUCAGAGACAGUAUUCUAAAAGAAGCAGUAAUGUACAGAGGGAUUGCACUCCAUGUUUUUUCAAUAACUCCUUGUUACUGAGUACCAACUGCAAGGGGUCUAUUGUUGGAAAGUGUGACAUUUCUGAGAAGUUUUAUCAUGUUGUAAUUUCAUGUAUAAAUCAUGUUUCAGUACACAGAUCUCUCAAAGGCAAAUCCCUGAUGUAUUUUUUUUAUCUGAAAUGCCAGUUUUCUAAACAGUUUUAGUUCAGUGCUUACAUUUUGUUUAACUUGAAGCUAGAUAAAAAAAAAAACCAACAGCAUUAUGACAAUAAGGACAAGCUACAGAUUAAUGUGAAUGAAUGAAUCAUUGAUAUCAGGCUACAGAUUAAUGUGAAUGAAUCAUUGAUAUCAGGUCUGGAUGGGGGAAGAGUGGGAAAUAUACAUGUUGGCAAGAAGACUGUCAAAAUUUGGAAGUUGCAGCAUGCUUUGUGGUCAUUCUCUGUUUACUGAGACAAACAAGUUGGGGUCACGGUUUUGUAGGCAAGUUGAACUGGAAUUUCUUUCCACCUCAAUCCCCUCAUCUUUUGGACCUAUACAUUUUCUCUUUCAUCCUGUAAAUGUAAAGUUCCUCUGAGUUUCACAACUGGUAAUUGCAUGUUGUAAGCAGACUGAACAGCCAAUAAGGAAGAGUUUUGGUAUGACCCAACCAAAACUCUGGCCACAAAUUUUGUGGCCAAAAUUCAGGUCAUACUUUGGCUAAAAUGUGCAUGUUUCUGUCGUUCAAAGUUGCAGAACUUGUCCCUCUGUGGCUGUUCUCUUUGUUUACCUUUGUGGGUAGCAUGUGGGAGGCACAGCUGUUCUGGGAAACUCUUGCUUGCGAAUGAAAUUUCCAGACCAUGGUUGGUGAUGUGGUGCUUGGUGUGGUGGUGUACGAGGUUGUUUUGUUCAAUCAAACAGUUUGGUAUUAUCAUCCAAGAGGAGUCGCAAAUCACUUCUCACCGUGAUGAAAUGCACUAUGGGGUUUCUCAAAAUUUACACUAAACAUUGCAUGGUAACCACAUCUCUGGAUUUGUUUUUCUUUAACUUAAUACCCAUUCUUUUUUCUAGAUUUUGGUUUCUCAUUUAGAAUAGGUGAACACCUUCAUUCGCAAAAACAAUCCACAGUUAAUGUUUCAUUUGAGCUUUGAUGCCUAUGGUGAAUAGUACGGUGAAUUUCGUAAUUCAGAAUGCAGAUUCCUCAAGAAUCAAUCAUCCCUUUGCUUUCCAAAGGGGGAGAGGGGGGCUGUAAAAUCACUCAAACCAAUCACAGCUGUGUCCUAUCAAAUGACACCUUGUUUAGAUGUAUUUCCUGUGAGAGAUUUCGGGUAAGCCUGAUUGAUAGUUCCCAUUCAUUCACCUGCCAGAUUAUUUCUGGUGACUUAAAUCUUUAUUAAGUUUGUCUCAGGACAUGGAUACAUUUGUAGUAUUUAUGCAUCCUUUUAGUAGUAAAAAUUAUUUUGCCAAUUGUUUUGCUGCAAUCACCCUUUGCUUCCAUUUAAAAGAAGCAAAACAAAAUAAAAGCAAUAAAACCAAAAACUCAAAAAGGAGGUGAUAACCAUGAUCAUUUGGUUUUGGGCAACAAACAGAAACGAGGAUUUGAUCCUUUUGAAAGUAGUUGACAUAGUGCAGUGCAGAUUUUAAACCCAAGGCCCUCUUAGAGUUUGACUGCAAACUGGCAAAGAAGAACUCCAGAACUACGGUUAUUUCAUACAAACACAAACUAGGACAGUGCCAAUUUUUGUUGUCGGUUGUCACAAGACUUGCUACCGUAAACGAUCCAGUGUUUGUGUCAAAUGGCAUGAGCUCACUAAAUAACGACACUGAAGUUACAUUCCCAAUCGUUGCUGCACCUCAUCUGUGUCGUCAAGCACACUAAUGCCUGUUGGUAUUCAUGUCCUUCAGUCAGUAGAGAUAUGCAGCAUGCUGAGAGUGUAUGAAUGAAAAAAAUGAGAGAAACUGUGGAUUGCAUAAUAUACAUUUCAAGUUAAACCCACAUAGCCACAAUUAAUAUAGCUCCUCGUCAUGCAAGAGCAAGUAUCCCCUUUUGUGCUUGUUGAUUAGAGCGUAUUGCCUAAUCCUCAUCAUAACUUUCUCUUUUCUCCCAUAACCCCUCCACACUGCUAACCAACACCUCCCACUCUCCUCUUCUUUUGUUUUUUUUCAUUUUUGUUCUGUUUUGCCAUGGUCCCCGUCCAUCCUCACCAACCCACAGGCUGGCAGCAACAAAGAUCGCAUUGGGAUUGCUAACAAACGGGCCGAGACCAUUCUGAAAAAGUGAUGCGCUUCAGAGCAAAGUGCCCCCCCAUCCCUGCGCCUGUGUGUGUGUGUUCGUGUCAACCUGCCUGUCUGCCUUCCUGCCUGCAAAGUCGAACAAAUAAAAGUCACCCCCUGUGCACUUUGUUACCUUUUUGAUCCCCUCUCCCUUUGGGUGGUUUGUUUUUGAUCACUUCACCCCACUGGUUGAUUGCCGGGUGAUACCACCAUCUUGGGGUGUACAGGGGUGCCUGUCGGAUCUCCUUAUCCCACUGACAACAUUGCAAAUCUUUAUUAACCCCCUUCCCCCCAAAGAAGAUCCCUCGGAAGUGCCGAUUGUAUCACAGUUUUUGUCUCAUCCUUUAUGCGUGCUUGACACUGAAGUGAACUUACACAGGAAUGGGAUGAUGAAAUCCAACUGUAUUUAAGUGCUGGAUAACUUCUGGCUGAGAUUCAAUGAACACAUGAAAUUCACGAUGCUUUAUUCUUCUAGAUAGAAAAAAAAAUUGACUCCAAAAAGUAACUUUUCAUUGUUCACUCACCUGAAAUAGUGUGGAAUAUAUUUAAUGUGAAUGGUAGAAAUAAUUAACAUCUGAACUUGCUAAAUGUGUCAGCAGCUUAUCUGUGAAAUAGCCAUCAUUUUAUUCUGUUUUUUUUUAAAUGUUCUUCCUUGUGCUUGUCAGCUAUUGCUACCUGUCUAAUUGAACAGUGCAGAAGCUGUGUUGUUGAUCAAACAUGUCACAUGGGUCUGAAUUCCCUCUGAGAGACACACACAGUUCUAUCCAUUCUGUAGAUAAGUCUCAUUUCCAAAAGAAGCAAAGAUUUGCAGGCUUGGCAAAAAUGUUAAAAAACGUACGGCCACCCUUCAGAAAAAGACAAGCCAAGGAAAGCACCUAAAUUCUUUACAGUCUUCUUAAAGGGAUAUUCAAAUAUUUUUGCGUGGAUAUCAAACAUAAAUUAUUUAACAAGCCAGGUUUAAUAAGAACAAGUUGUGCAUUUCCUGUUCUCCCCACUUAUAAAUGUCAGCAGGUUGAGUUCAAAAUAUCCAAUAGUGGACUCAAUUUUGUGCUGGUUACAUAUUGGAUGUGGGCCUUGCCCCUUGUUUAUUUCAUAACACGGUGAUGAUAAGGUCCACUUGUAGUGUUUUUUGCAAGAAUUCCCUUUUUUGGAAGUGGUUCAAUCUCUAUCCCCCUCAUAUCUGUAUGCAACAAUAACCAAUUGUGUAACGAUUGUCAAAAGCAGGACCUUGCAAAACUUCAUUUGAAAUAGUGAGCCCACCCCCCUCACCCCCUCGAAACUGCCAACCUCUUCAGUAAAACACAGAGGAUUCUCAAUAGUAACUGUUGACACAAAUCAUCCAGACAUAUUGCUAGACCAGAUGCCUUGGUUAAACAAAGCAUGCUCCAGGAGAGUGUUUGCUGUCUGUUUCAACCUCUCUCUCAUAAUCCAUAGAUGUCCCAGUUUGUAAUUUUCUGUUGGGGGGAGGUCUAGCUUGGACAGUCGGGGUGAGAAUUUGUGAAAAUCAACACAGGUUUGAUGAAGAGAAAUAGUUAUGUAGCAGUUGGUAACUGCAACUUCCCCUUCACUUUCGGCCAUUAUUUUUAUGGCGAUUCGUUUGCCAAACUGAAACUGAUUACAGACAGUUUCCGGUUGGCUGCUGCAAUCGUGCCUCCUGCAUGAAAGCCUCAUAUGAUGCCAUUUACAAAAAGUGCCUGCACUUUUCACAUUUAAGUGCUCCAGCUCUUAACAGCCUCCUCACAUUGGAAAGGGGCAUACAAGACUGCAACAAAAAAUGCUUUAUAUCUUAUACUUUGGCCACUGGACUGUAUCGUGAUGUUGGUUGUGUUUAAGGUGGCUGUCUGAUGGAAAGUUAGAGAAUGAACACUUCUUAUGCUUGGACUUGAAUGUGUCUGAUAUUAACGCUCAAAAAUAGGUCAAUUGAUGCAUAUGGUCUUGAUGAAUAUCUUGCACCUUUACCUAGCCAAACUGAUUCAACACAUGGUCGUGCAUCUCAGAUGUCUGGUUGAAAUUGGCAUUGUAUUUGCACGUCUGUUGCCGUGCUUGGCAGACUCAGGGAUGGAUAUUACAUCCUCGAGACGCUCACCGAUGUAUUAAUUUCCACUGUCUGUGCCCUAAAUGACCCCCCAAUGACCCUUGUGAUCAAACAUGUGAAGAAACGGUGAGUCAUUAAAAAAAAGCAAGAUUGGUAUGCAUGGGCACACAGGGAUGAAAUUGCCGCCAUGGCUGCCAUGGCAACAGGGAUCCUGUAUUGAGCAAACGGAAGCCUCGUUAUUUGAGAAAGGAGUGCUGUCUUUGGUGCAGCUAAAAUAAAGAACCGAUAGAAAUGGUGAAGAUCUUGUAUUUAUUGUUGCUUCCUGAGGUUAUCCUGUCGAGAACUCAAAAGUGAAAGUGCUACUUUUGUGUACCAACUUUAUUUUAACUGCAAAGUCUUUAGUCCUUCUACUCAUCCCUCCAUCAAGUUGAAACUCUAGUACUACAUGUACUUACUUUCCUCCUAAAAAAAUUAUCGGUUUAUCAGAGGCCAACUUCAGAACCAAGAAGAUUUCAAAUUUUCUCUGACAAAAUUUCCUGUGAACUGUGUCGUGUCAAAAUGUCCAGUGUGUGAAUGCUGAUUGGCGGAACAAGUCCUCCUUGAUGGCUGUCAAUAGUCCUGACAUAACGAAAUUCUGAAACAAACUGGCGACUUUGAUGUUAACAACACAGCCAGAAUAUUAAACUUACAAAAGCAUGUACAAACUAACAACUUGGCUUGUAAACUUUCCUGCCUGACAACUUGGAUUUAAUGCCGUAUAAUUUACUAACGCAGAUCUGCUGUUUCAGCAUGUACUUGUAUGCUUAAGCUUUGCAUUAAUAAAAAGCAGAUAAUUAUGCUUUUCUGGUAAUGUUGCUCUUUCACUAUUUACCUUUCAGAACUGAUUCAUAAAAAUCUGCUUUUAGCUACAUUUAUGAUUCAUAUUCAGCAUUUCGUGCAUUGUGGGUGUCAGACCUUAAAUUUUUCUUUUUAACUAUUCAUCACAAACCAAUCUGAGACAUUCCCUUUCAUUGAAAUUAGGUUUAUUCCCACUUUUUUUUUUCAUUAACAAUUAACGAGUGCAAGUCACAGCAGGCUUAUUGUUUCAACCUGUAAUCUGCAUUAUCUGUGUGAAAUAUUCUCACAAUUUAACAUUCACCUCAUGGCUUUUGAAUAAAUAUUUAAGUGUGCAAUAUAGACAUUUAAUCCUCUUAUGAAUAAUUGAAGUAUAACCCUGUAGCUUCUGUAAAAAGAUGUUUGUUUUGUUUUGUUACUGUGGUCUCUUUCCAACAGAUUAAAAAUGUUGAGGCUAAGAUUGGUAACCCAGGAGUAUGCAGAAAACGCAGAUUUUUUACUCAGUAGAAUGCCCUCAAGUCUGGAACUUGAGCAAAAAAUGUUGGCAAUGUACCCCCAUAAGUUGGUCUUGGUGAUGUUUAUUUUAGGAUGGGACCACUAACAGAACAAAGCAGAACAUACACCUUUUCUUAGUAUCAUCUCCAUUUGCUCUUCUGAAAAAUUUGAAAUUCUUUGUCAACUUGUAUUUUCUAAUUGUAGGUUCUAGAAAUUUUGAUGCAUUCCAAUCGAAGUACUUAAUAACCUUCAUAUUAGCAAUUGUAAGCUUUUUCUUCACAGUAUAAAUAUUAUAAAUAGUACAGCUGUACAUUUGAAAAGUCAAUUGGAAAUAUUUAAACAUGUCAUUAAAUCUAGUCGUGAUUGUACAUUUUCCAUCGUCAUUUUUUCUUUGUAAGAUAUUACUUUUGCUAUAAGAUUUUAAUCGUUAUAUAAGUAUCUCAAAUAUUAUGAAUACAUGUAGAUACUUUAGAUUCUACUUUUGAAGGAAGACAUUAAUUGUCAUAAUUAUCUGUUGGAACUUGGAAAGGCUCCGAGUUUUGAGAUGUUAAAGGGAAAGAUAAAUUGAGGGAAGGGGGGGACCAAAGUAGUCCACCUUUCCAUUUGAAAUUUCAGCCUGACAGAAAUAACUUUUCAAAAAGAAAAUAACUGUUUUCCUAAAUUUUCAUUGAAAUACAGACAACUUACAAGGGCAAAAGUAGUAUCAUUUCUAUCAUCCAGAGGUGAAAACUGAACACUGAAGAAAAGAUAACUUGGAUUUAAGUAAACCCUAAAACACGGCUAUAAUUAAACUGCAUGUAUUUGCCGCAAUUGCUUUCAUAUGAACUAGAAACAGUAUUAUAAAUCAUCUUUAAAUUCAUUACCAGUGUCAGUUACACGUACACUUCAAACAUUCUUCACUUUGACAGUUGCUAUCAUAUAUGUUAAUAUUAAAUGCAGCUUUACUUCAAAGA